AUGAGUUUUGUAACGUCAGCACCAAGAAGGCCCGUUCCCUCGAAUAAAGCAUCAACGGAGUCAGUUUUUUUACCGGCGAGAAAAUCAUCAACAUCAGUAAUUCCUGAGCCAACUGCUGCAUCUGUGCCAUAUAACGCAACACCACAAUGUCCAGUAGAUAUCAUCCAGAACAAUUGGAACGGAUCGUCGGGAACCUUUCCACAACUUGAAUUUAUACAAACCUCAAACUUUCAGCAACCGGAUACUAGAUCUGCAGUAAUACCGCAGAAUGAAACAACGAAUUCAACUAAUGGUUACGUCAUCCCGUCUGGGAACUAUAAUGGGGUGCAGUCGUAUCCACAACAAACGCGCUUGCCUGAUGUACGUUAUUGUGAUAGAUCUUAUUACGGUAACGAAUCAGCCAACAAUGGGCAAUCACGUUUAGCUUCACGUACUACAGAUGAGCUUUAUCCAGACAGUUCAACAGAUAACAAGCCGGCAUUAUGCAAGGUAUGUGGUGACAAAUCGAGUGGCUUUCAUUAUGGAGUUACAGCCUGUGAAGGAUGUAAAGGAUUUUUCCGGCGCAGUAUUCAAAAACAAAUGGAAUAUCGAUGUUUGAGAGACGGAAAAUGUCACAUACAUCGUUUAAACAGAAACCGAUGCCAGUUCUGCCGGUUUAGGAAAUGCCUUGCUGUUGGAAUGUCUCGCGAUUCAGUGCGUUAUGGACGAACACCACGACAUAAGGGAGAUGAAAUUGAUAACGAAAAUAUACCGUUGUGGGAAGAAACAUCGAAAUUCACACAUUACGAAGUUGCGGAUGUUACAAAUGCGCGCUUGCAAAAUUUUAUAGAAAGCGUAACUAAGGCUCACUUGACUUGCUGCAACUACGUACCUAGCACUUUAAAAGAUCUGAAGCCUGGCGUGAUCCAUCGUCUUCCCCAUACUAAAUUACCCUCUGCUAACCGACAGCAUUUGUGGCAUUCCAUGAAUGAAGCCCUGUUCGAAGACUUGGGGCGCUUCAUUGAAUUUUCUAAACGCAUACCUGGAUUCAUUACUAUUUCUCACAAGGAUCAAAUCUUAGCUGUCAAAACUGCAUUCUUCGAAGUAUGGCUUGUUUGGAUCAGUCGUACUAUGAAUUCGAAAACGGGAACAUUAACAUUUUCUCAUGGAAUAACUUUUUCUCGAGAGCAGCUCAGUAUUGUUUACGGAUUAGUACUUGUUAAACAAAUGUUCGAAUUUGGUGAUAACUUUAGAACUUAUAAGCUUAGUGAAUGUCUACUUGGAUUGUAUUGUGCUGUCCUUCUACUCACACAAGAUAAUAUUCCAAAAUUGGAAAAACCUCACAAAAUGCUCAUUUUACGUGAAAGGGUUAUGUAUGCACUCAAAUUACAAUUGUCAACAGAACGGCCGGAGGAAAGUGAGUUGUUCCAUUCGUUGCUUGUAAAGCGAGAAUUACUUCGUUCAAUUGCUGUUCGGCACCAAAUGGCUCUGGAUUGGUAUCGUGUACAUUUGGAUCUGAUUCGUUUACCACAAAUUUUUGUCGAUCUUUACGAUUUGGAUGGUCCGAAAUUGGCGUCUAGAUCGAGCUUCACUGAUUCAGUUGCAUCACUUGAAGCUGAUCAAACGAUAAAGGAGAAUGUUGUUGGAAAGAGAGAUGUUGAUUCGACAUCAGAAGAUGAUUCCGAUUAA